GCUCGCGCAGCAGUGACUGGGUCGCGCAUUGGCUGGUGGGGGAGUAGGCUUUGCUUUCCAUUCGUGGUGGUUCUAUUCUAUAUCCUAGUUGAGGCCGCGGGUUCAGGCGAGGUGAGGAUACGACCCUGGCUGAACCUAUACAGGCUGAAGAAACAAAUACGGUAUGAGUAGCGGCAGUGUUCGCUAAACAGAACACAAGGGCGAGGCGACCAGUGGCAGAGACACGCACCGUAUUAUCCAAUCACUUGAGCAUAUAGGCAACAGUCUUUUUAAUACGAUUUGUACAUUAUACCGUCUAUAAUUUUACAGAACACUUUGAAUUACUUUGGAUGAGAGGUAUAUGAAGACGAGCAACUGACAGGUGGGGCAAUUGCAACACGGACCCCAGUCACUUGGAACCGUUAAUCGUCCAAUCCGUUGGAGCAAGUAGUGUGUGUACUUCCAUAACACGGCCGUAAUACACAACCCAUGAGUUUUGCAGUCCCCUCAUCCGACCACGGCUAUCCAAGCAUGAAGGACCAGGUCAGGCCCACUAGUAGUGUCCUUCAUGACCUUUCUGCGCCCACCCUCCCGCCGCCACUGGAAGUCGUGGACUCAAGGCCUCUGAGCGGGGCUGUGUCUUUCACGGACGAGGCCAUCUCCAUCCUGACCUCCAGCAGCCAGAUAGCCCGCUCCCUCCUGGGACGCACGUCUGCCCUGAAACGGAAAGAAAGCCUAGCGGCCGCUGCUAGCCACACUAACGACGACGACGACGGCGACUGUAUCGAUGGCAGCGGCGCCCUGCGGCGCAAGCGCGAGUUCACCCCGGCCGACAAGAAAGACGACGGCUACUGGGACAAGAGGAGGAAGAACAACGAGGCGGCGAAAAGGUCGCGGGAGAAACGCCGGGCCAACGACGUGGUCCUGGAGACAAGGGUCCUGGGCUUGUUGGAGGAGAACGCCCGGCUGAGGGCUGAACUUCUGGCCAUCAAGUUCCGCUUCGGCCUGGUCAAGGACCCCUCUGACGUGGCUAUCAUGCCUGGGCCUCCACCCAACCACCUUGGACCAAGGUACUAUCUACCCCACGGUGAUGGUGCCUACACCCAUCACGGCACCACCUCGCACCAACCCCACCCAACGCACCCCAACCCUCCCCACCACUCGUCCCCGUACGCCGGGAGGGGAGCUGCGGGGCCGGCGGGACGGGACAUCAGUAGCAUAUCCGAGGACUCCGGUUUCUCUCCGGGAAGCUCCAACAUGGGAAGUCCCGUGUUCUUUUUGGACGACGGACAGGUGGACAGCGGCCGGCCGUCCCCGAAGACCUCGGAGGAGCAGGGGGGUUGCGACCCUCACCCUUCCCCGGGGGCGGAAGGACAAUACCAUGGCAGGCAGGACUCCAGCCUCCCGCACAAACUUCGCUUCAAAACCCCAGGUGGAGGGAGCGAAGGUUGGGAGAUGCCGGCGACGUGCGCCGAUGUCAGGCGUCCUUGCCCCGUGGCCACAGUCGGACCACACAUCCAGAGAAGCCAGGCUGGAUGUGACGGUCACAGCGGCGAGGGCCCGGCAUCGUGGCCUCGGGAGGAGGCUCACGCUGGGCAUGAUCAAUACCAGCACUACCCCGCCUCUGGAAGGUCUUCACACAGCGCCACCACUACCACCACUGCUGACUCCCAGUAUGUGUUGGAAAACGGGGCCCUUAAAUCUCAGCUCAGUUCUCUAUCUCAGGAGGUGGCCCAGCUCAAGAAGCUCUUCUCUCAGCAGCUGCUCUCCAAACUGGCCUGAUAUCAGAUUGAACACAGUCACUACCUCACCUCUCACAGCAGAUUUAGGGAGGAUUUACGGGAACGGACAGAGAAGGGACGCGCGCGUGAGAUAAAAAUUCCUGAACGUUGACUCUUUUAGGAAACCUUCACUGUGAUAUACGGUCUCACUUCAACUGGAAUGUCAACUUUUACAGGACACUUUCACUGUGUCUCAGGGUUCUGCUGGACUCUCGCAGUACAGCACUGCACAGUGAUUUCAAGCGAACAGCUACUUCUGCAGUGUUAGUAAGCCGAACCAUCCCUAUAACUCCAAUGGACAUACGACCAUAAAACUACUUCAACCAUGAUAAACGCACACCAGCACAGGAAAGACUCAUGUACAUUCCAAUAGCAAUUUACACAGAACCAACACUUCAGGCCCUGUCGUAAGAUUUUACUGUGCUUUUAUAGGUACUUUCUAAUGAAAUGCAUCACCUAAAGUACAAUUACUUUGACACUGUGAUUUCACACUUUUUCUGUUGUGAACAGGUGAGUAUUAAAACACUGGAAAUGCUGAUAGAAAAACGCCUGCAGAAGCAGUACACGGUUACACACAGAAAAAGAGGGAGAAUUCCUAUUGUAGAUGAAUAUAAUUGGUUGAACCCAUUACAUUUGUAAUAUUGCUUAAAAUGUUGAUUGUGAUCUAUUAUUUACUUCAAAUGUUGAUCUGCUACUGCCUGGCCCCCCCUUAUCAUAUAUCACAGGUUUUUCAUAAACUGGUCAAGAAAUGUAUUUAACAAAGACACACUGUAAAUGUUAUAUUAUUUGAACUGUACGUAAUAUGAUGUACUGUACGUGGAAAUAAAAUAUUUUUUUCCUAAAUCUG